GAGUUUGUUAAUUUAUAUUUUAUGUGUGGUACCGACUCGGGGUAUUGCGGCGGUUUUAUUUAUUUAUUUAUUUAUUUUUCCUGGCGUAUUCAAUGCUUGUUUAAUCCGAUGUUGUGUUUAUAAGUUUCGGGAGCUUUGUGGCGAAGUGACGUUUUCGGUGUCGGAGCAUGCCAAGUGGUACGGUUACGUGUGAGGGAGUCGGAGAGCUAGCAGUGAACUCUCACAUUUCUUCGACUGCGUUGGUUUGUGAGCUACGUUAUUUCGUAAUAUUUUUAAGGCGUUGGGCUUCUUCUUGCCAUACACGCUGGCAGAAGGUCGUCCGAAACGUGACAUUCUUGUCAUUGUGCUUUCGCCCCUGGAAAUUUUCUGGCAGUAAUAUCAUUGUAAUGGCAAUGAUGUGUUUCGUCUUUGAAAUAUGGAGGCCAGCAUGUGGAAGCGGCAUUGUGACUCUGGUUUCACGCGAAGUACAGUGUCUUUCUUAGAGAUUUUCUUUAUUGCUUCGGCAGUAAGAACUAUCAAUUCACGCUAUCUGAAAGGUUCAGGUGAAGAACACAAUGGAUCGGUACCAACGGGUAGAGAAGCCACGGCCUGAAAUUCCAAUCAAUGAAAAUGAAAUCCGUAUUACGACGCAAGGGAAGAUGCGGAACUAUAUAACCUAUGCAACUACUCUUCUGCAGGAAAAGGGAGCAUCAGAGAUUGUCCUGAAGGCUAUGGGUCGAGCUAUUAAUAAGACAGUUACUAUUGCUGAAAUCAUAAAAAGGAGGAUUGCCGGCCUUCAUCAAAAUACUUCUAUUGGAUCCACUGAUAUUACGGAUCUUUGGGAACCACUAGAAGAGGGACUUCUGCCAUUGGAAACUACUCGACAUGUCUCUAUGAUUACGAUUACACUAUCUACCAAAGAGUUGGAGACGUCGUCCACUGGGUAUCAGCCUCCUCUUCCUGCAGACCAGGUCAAGCCGCUGGCAGAAUUUGAGUAUGAUGGAGACAGCCCACCACGGGGAGACGGAGGCAGAGGCAGAGGCAGAGGGCGUGGCAGGGGCAGAGGAGGUAGUGAAAUGACAACUUUUGAAUACGAUGGAGGACUUGAUGGUGGUUUGGUCCGUGGACGUGGCCGUGGCCGGGGUCGGGGUCGGGGCCGUGGUGGGUACCGCGGUAGAGGCAGAGAGCAAGACGCUGGUGGCUUUGACGAGUCUAAUGCUGAUGGACCUCCGCGAGAUCAGGGAAAUGACUUUUCUCAAGAGACGUCAUACUCAGGUCGUGGCAGAGGAAGGGGUAGAGGUCGAGGUCAGGGUAGAAGCUCUCGCACAGACGGACCUCCGCAAGAACAAGGUCGAGCGGGUGCUGCUGCCUAGUGGCUGCUGCUGUUGCCAUCGGAGAACAUAAAUUCUGGAAUCAUGUGCUUGGAGGCAGCUCCUUCAAAGUCUUCGAAGGAGAAAGCAGCUGCUUUUAGUGUCAUAUGUUGGCGCUAAGUGAAGUAUGCAUAAAUGUGUAGAGUUGCGAUACGAAAGCUGCUUUUUGCUGGUGUAGGGUUAAGAUGGCCUCUCAAAUUUCUGUAUGGUGCUUCCUUGCGGUUGCAUCUAUGUAUGUUUCAUAGCUCCCGUUUUGCUGUACACCUGUCGGUUUCAAUCUGUGUUUUGAUGAGCAUUGACUUCUAUUAAACCAGUGAGUCGAUUUUUUUCUUUCCCAUUCCAAACUUCUUGUGACGACUCCUUUUGACAGGUAAGGUUUUGUGCAGUCUCAAGGAACGUUCAUAAGAUAAGUGAUAGCUAGGAACUAGGGAUGUUUUCCUAAGCAAUACUGCAUGUUAAGAAAUUCUUCCUGGCAAUGUACCGAGAGUUUCUGCUAAUAUUAAAUUGAUCCAAGUUGGUGA